CCCUUCAGAAAGAUGGCGACCAGCAGCAGUGAAUUCCCUGCUUCUUAUUCGGCUGGGCAAUUUGCGAGUGAAAGUCCCAGCUGUGACAAUGGCCACUCGGAUUAUUUCAACAUGGGGGACAGAACGAAAACAGAGCAGUUAAAUGUCAUCCAUAUGCAUAUGGAGUUGAAAAAGAAGAAUAUUGAGGAAUUGAUGGAAAGAUUUGGAACCGAGCAGCCACCACCUCCAAUAUUUCUUGAGGAAUACCAAGACCUGACGGAUCAACUGAGUGAGUUACAGGUUGAAGAACAGAGGAUUAACAAUGAGAUGAGUAAUGGGCACACCUCACCGAACCUUCAGACCACACCCCCUCCAGAACCAGCAGAUCUCCACGUACCCUACCAUAACAAACAGAGCCUAGCUCCACCCCACAAGAGGGAAUUCACAAAUCAGCAACAUCCAAAGUCACCGCUUAGCCAGUCAGUUAGGGCUUUCUUGCCAAAUCAGCAGAGAACAUCGGUACUAGCCAAGUCUGGAACCACCCUCAAAUAUUGUCUCUCGAAAGCCAUGAAGAUGAGGGAGUUAACACCAGAGAUGUGCAUAGUGUAUCGAGUCAACCCCAGGAUGGCUCUGAGCUGGGAUACGGAUAUGAUGUACCUGGCAGGAGAAGAAAUAUCUGUAGAACUGAAAGCCCAAAAUUUCCCAGCACCAAGUAGCAUAUCACAUAAUUUUGUCAGAAAAACCUUCUUCGCAAUAGCCUUUUGUGACAGCUGUCAGAAGCUGCUAUUCCACGGCUUCCGAUGUCAAACAUGCAGCUACAAAUUCCAUCAGCGAUGUGCUAACAAAGUGCCCACGAUAUGCAUAUCCACAACAGGAGAUAAUCUUUACAAGCUAUUAUUGGCAUUGCGGAAAGAAGAUGACUACAAUGAUUAUCCCGAUACCUUCCCCGAUGAGCCUGAAUCGCCAUCAUCGGACGACCAAGAUUUCCCAAGGAAUACGUUACCACGGGAACGCUCGACAUCCGCACCGAACAUCUGUCAAAAUGCAGUUAACGUACCUGGUCAACAGUUUGAUAGUGAAGCUUUUUCAAGAUUUGCUUUUCCAGUGAAAAGCUCUCUAAAUCCAAAUGGACACACUGCUAGCGCCGCUGUUAACAUCCAUGGGGCUCACGGCGGUGGACAUGGCAAAGUGCUAACCCCGAACAGUGCCGUUCAGGAUGGCGUCUUUGACUAUGACCCCACUAACAUCGCCAAUGGCUUAGCGUCUAGUUUACCGAACACUAGGAACUUGAUACACAGUCCAAAAAGAGAGUCUGGAUCGCACAGUUCCCAACCCUCCCCCACCCAUCAGCCUAGGUGGAAGGACGUCCUUCCUGGCUCUGACUCUAAGGAUAACAAGAUCAAACCUCCCACCACAUUGCUAGGUCAUAGGAGGACAAGAAGAGAUUCCAAUGACGACUGGGAGAUACCAACUGAAGAGAUUAGGUUAGGAUCAAGGAUAGGAGCAGGAUCUUUUGGAACUGUGUUCAGUGGACAAUGGCAUGGUUCUGUAGCAGUGAAGAGGUUGAAUGUUAAGGAUCCAACUCCAUCACAACUACAAGCAUUCAAGAAUGAGGUCGCUGUACUUAGGAAAACGAGGCACGCCAACAUCCUGCUUUUCAUGGGGUGCACCUCCAAGCCCCAGCUAGCAAUCGUGACACAGUGGUGUGAAGGCUCGUCACUCUAUAAACAUCUCCAUGUUCUAGAUACUAAAUUAGUCAUGCAUCAACUUAUUGACAUAUCAAGACAGACGGCACAGGGUAUGGACUACCUCCAUGCAAAGAACAUCAUCCAUCGAGACCUGAAAUCAAACAAUAUCUUCCUGCACGAUGACCUCACAGUGAAGAUAGGAGACUUUGGGCUAGCUACGGUCAAAUCAAGGUGGAGUGGUUCACAGCAGUUUGAGCAGCCUUCAGGUUCAAUACUCUGGAUGGCGCCUGAAGUGAUUAGGAUGAGGGAUACUAACCCAUACUCAUUCCAGUCUGAUGUCUAUGCAUUUGGAGUGGUUCUCUUUGAGUUGGUCACGCAAUCUUUGCCAUAUCAGAACAUCAAACACAAAGAUCAGAUCAUCUGGAUGGUUGGGCGUGGUUACUUACAGCCGGACCUGAGCAAGGUUCGGAACGACACGCCCAAGGCACUCAAGAGACUUAUCACAGACUGCUAUGCGCUCAAUAGAGAUGAGAGACCCUUGUUCCCUGUGGUUUUGGCAGCGUUGGAGAGCUUGGCCAGGCAGCUACCGAAGAUCCACCGCAGUGCAUCGGAACCUUCGUCGCUAAAUCGGGCAAGGUUACAUUCAGACGAUUUCAUGUACUGCCCUUCCCCCAAGACCCCCAUUCAAAGCCAAUUUGCUGUCUUCCCAUUUGACAUGCGUGGAUGAUGACAGUUUAUGCUGUGAACAAACAAAGCGAAGCGACUUGGCUUCUCACUUUUCAAUUAAAUGGACAAUCGACUAUCUAUACCCCAAACUGUGGAAAUGGGUAUAAUGUGAUGAAUUGUAUGACAUUUGAACAUGAAGACGGAACAUAUCUUGAAAUCUAGUGUCAGAUAGUGGUAGAAAUAAAAGCCUGGAAAGGAUGAUGAAUCAGCAUUCUUCAGGAGCUAAUGUCAACUACCACAGAAAUCUACCUAACAGAGGAACUUAGCUAUCAUGAUGGAGAAUAUGAAAUGAAAUCUGUGGAAUAUUGAAAGAACUCUGCUUCAUCAUGCAACAUAAUUAUAUGAAAUUUGACAAAUCAAGUUAAGAUGAUGCACAUCAUAGAUGAAACACUAUGCGAGUCAUCUUCUGGAAGACAUUGUGUAAGAGAUUUAAGAGAUUUUUUUGAAAUAAUGGUGCAUGGAUCCUAAAGUGAAAAUGGAAUUUGAAGACUACAGCAAAUGCCUUAUGACCGACACAAUAGGCAAUCUGCAACCCGGCAAGAUGAAGAGAAGGAGACAGAUCUGUUUCUGUAUGACGGAACACUGCAAUCAUCCAACCUGAGAGGACGCAAGUGUUAGGAUAUGCUGUGACAGGAAAGAAAUCAUCGAAAUGCGGCACAUCUGUAGAUUUUUAUCAUGAAAUUAUCAAUACUCAAGUCUUAGAGAAAAAUACACACACACACCCUACGCAUUUUAUUGAAUCCAAACGUUUCAUGUAGAUCAUAUAUACAAAAUACUGAACAUGUAUGUAUGUAUGUAUGUAGAUUAGUAAGGUCAAGGCUCACUAAUACAGAAGAUGCUAAGUUUUGAGGUUUAUUGUAUAUUGUUGAAUUCAAAAGUUAAACUUUAAAAAAUAGUGAAUGCAGGGGAAAGUGGAUUGUUAUAGUUUAUGAAUUGUAAAAACCUUCAAGUUGUAUUGAACAGGCACCCAUGACUCAUUGCUUCAUACGUGAUUGCACAUUAAAUAUACAUCUGUCAAUUCUUAGGUGUUAAGGGACAUCCAUUUCUUUCAUGAUUUGUUUGAAAGUCUACUCUCCUUUGGCACAUGUUUUUAUAUAUCUCAUCAGGAAAGAGAGGAAUUAUGUGUCCUCUUAGCAAUGCAAAAUUCAUAUUCAGUCACUGUGUGAGAUGGUCCACAAAUAUGUAAGCAUUUGAAAAUUAAUUAUGAGCCCAUGAUCAUGAUUAGAUCACUGUCAUUGCUGAACUUUUCUUUUAUAUACCCACCACCCUACAUGUGCUUGCUUAUGCAUACAACUGACAUUUAUCAAACACAGAUUUUACAUCUGUCUAUAUAUGAUGAUGAUGAAUCUAAUAAACACAUCUCUUUGCCUGAUCUGAACACACUGCUUUUUAGAAGCAACCUAUCUGCAGUAUACUGCACCAAAUCUGAACUCACAAAGAGACAAAACUAUAUUUUCUGUAUUGGAUUUAUGUAUUCUUCAACAUAAUUAAUGAUUAUAAAUCCUUGGACACUGUUUUUCAUUCUGAAUUAAAUUGACAUCUAGAAUAGAGUUAGGGUUAUCAUUUUUUAAAUUUUAUUUCGAAGUCCAUUUUUUAGACUCCGUUGAUAGCUGAUGCGCCCAUAUACCAUAUUACAGCAUGAGUCAGACUUUGACCUUUUUACACUACUACGAUCUCUUUGUCAUCGCAAGUUGCACUUUAUUUUUGUAUUAUUAACUCCAACAUCAUUUAUACAUUCAUACUUCUGCAUACUACUUAGUGAGUCUGAGUGUUAUAUUUAAUUUGGUUUUAUCUGCUUCUGAUUCAAUUUGAAAGUUGUGCUAACCUGACAUUUUCAUCAACAUGGCUCAAAGUCAAUCCCACAAUAUUAGCUCCAA